AUGAAACACCAAUCACAAGAAUCCCCCCAUUCACAGUCUUCUUACUCUGAGCAGAUAUUUCCCCCAGAAGAAAUGUCUAACAGAGUGAGUACCGUCGGUGGAAACAGACAAGAACAAGAAAACAACCCUGUUUGUGUUGACGAGAAUGCAUUCCUACUACCACUUUACCGAACUGCUACAGAUAAUUUCACCAAUAGCAGUAAUGAUUCUACCUCCACCAUAUUGAGAAGUUUUGCUUCCACAAGCUCUCUUACUAGAGUGCAAUUGAUUUUUCUCUGGUGUUUUCUAAGUAUUGGUGGGAGUACAAUGCUAUAUUUGACUGGCAACAUUCGUUACAUUGGUGCCUACUUGAAAUUAAUCUUCUGCUCCCUUGCCAGUACGGAUCUGGCAUUCUGUGACCUGGUAGUGAGGCGCUCGUGGUAGUUGACUUCAAUAUAAUGGCAUGAAUCGAUGGCCUUUCCAGCAUUCCGUCGAAUCUAGUAAACUCCACUUGAUGCGAAAAGGAAUCCAUUCAGACACAU